AUGGCGUCGAAGCUUGUGCCACAGCUGGUCCGCCAGGCGACCAGGACAGCUACCAGAGCUCCUCGAAGACAGCUGUUCCAUCCCAGACAAUUCUCGACCUCACCUUCGUCGCGAAGUGAGUCGCUCUCAGUGCAUCGCAACACUCCCGAAAACAACCCUUCCAUCCCCUUCAAGUUCAAUGAAACCAAUCUCCGGCUCAUCGAUGAGAUCACCAAGCGCUACCCACCACAGUACAAGAAAGCCGCCGUGAUGCCCCUUCUGGAUCUGGGCCAGCGCCAACACGGGUACACCUCGAUCAGCGUCAUGAACGAAGUCGCCCGCAUCCUCGAGAUGCCGCCCAUGCGUGUCUACGAAGUGGCGACCUUUUAUACCAUGUACAACCGCAACCCCGUGGGGAAAUAUUUUGUCCAGGUGUGCACCACCACGCCGUGCAUGCUGGGAGGAUGCGGGAGCGACGUGAUCAUGAAAGCGUGCGAAGAGUUUCUGGGCAUCCACUCGGGCCAGAUGACCGAAGACAAACUCUUCUCGCUACUCGAGGUGGAAUGUUUAGGCGCCUGUGUCAACGCACCCAUGGUCCAAAUCAACGACGAUUACUACGAGGAUCUCACGCCGGAGACGACCGUGCAAUUGUUGCAGGCAUUGAAGGACUCGGCCACCAUCAGUGGAUAUGAUGUGUCCAAGGUCCCGAGGCCGGGGCCGCAAGUCUACGAGGGAAAACAGAGAAUGACCUGCGAGCCGCGGGCGGGGAAGACGACGUUGCUGGGCGAGCCAUAUCACAUUAAAGACGUCCUGAGGACAGACGGGGAGCUGUGA